CCAGGCUGGCCUCAAACUCACAACUAUCCUCCUGCCCCAGCCUCCCAAGUCCUGGGUGUAGAUGUGCACCACUGAGCUCAUCUUUCCUAGUCUCUCAUGUUGGAGGCUGAUCAAUCUACUGAUCUGCCUAGAAAGGGGAAUGGUGAGGGUUAAAGAAAGAUAAUAGAGACUUGCAUAAUUUCAAAGUACAUGGCUGGCUGGGAGGUCAGUACCUCAGAGUGGGCAAAGACAAAGACGGCUAGCCACUAUGUAUUGGGUGCACACAGUAAUCAGAGGAAGUAUCGGGUGACUCAGAGGGUGGCAGGAAUCCUAUGUUGAUGAGGAUCUUAGAUUGAUGAGGACAGUGAGAUGGGCAAAGCAUUCUUACAAUAGUAGUGGGACGAGACAGCAGGCUAAUAAGGAAUCUGUCCUCCCCUAGGUGAUACCUUUCUCUUUUUUUAUUACUACUCGGUUCUCAAAGAGCCAAGAUGUCUUCAUCUGAUGUACUCUUGCCCUUGAGCGUCACAGCAUCACCCACAGGACCUUUGAGGGUUCAACUUGUGACCAGAGGCAAAAUGGAGUUAUGUUUCCACAUGCCAUAGCCGGCUUUCAGGCAAGAAGACACUGGGCCUUAGACAGUCCUAAUCGUAAUUUAAUUUUGAAAUGAUUUUCCCCCCAGAUUAUGUAGAAUGGCUCUCGACAUUCCUCCGAAGCUUUCUUAACAUCCCUAAGCAGGGUUAUGGCCUCUUGCUGCUUUCCACAUCUCUGCCUUGGUCACUGUGCUGUUUCCCGAAUCCCAGCCCUGACCACGCUGGGCUGUCACUCUAUCAGUCUCCCCAUUAGACUGGGAGCUCCAUGAGGACAGACUCCAAGGCUGUCUCAGUCUCCGCUGUGUCCCCAGGACUACCCAGCACAAAGUGGGCGCUGAGCAAAGAUGUGAACAGCUAAUGACCCCACUCUGCCCACGAGGGCACAGAGGACACUUGAUUCAGUGAUGUCUGCGUUUGUGCGUUAGAGGUCGCAGCUCCCCUCCAAGGCUCAUGAUUUGGCAAAUGUACGAGAACCGGACUUCCCCUUGGUUGUCAUGCGCCUGGAUGCAGUGAGCUCCUUAACAGCUGUGAGCUCUCUUUGAGGAGUUGAGAUGCAACUUUUUCGUGCAGGGUACAGGAGCGGAAAGGAGUUUGGAUUCUCUGUAUUGCAGGGACCCCUGACUCCGGGAGGGAGGAAGAGAGGGAAGGGAAGGACUCCCCGGCUCAGUCCAUCCUGCUGGUCUCCCGGCAGAGGCAGGAGCGCAGAGCUCCGCCCUCGGUGCCCUGCGCUAACACACCUGGCGUCUGGGCGUGCCUCAGUUUCCCAGAGGCAGCUCCUCCCUCAGCCCCGCUCCUCCUCCUUUUCCUCUUCCUCUUGGGUCGUCUGUGGCCGCGUCUCCAGCUCCCGGAACUGAAAGUAGGCUCGGGGCGGCGGGGGGCCACGUCAGCGGCCGCCCAGGGCUGUGCGGGCACUGGGCGCCAUGCGGCGGGGCGCGAUGCUGGGGGGCGCUCUGGUCGCCUACGCCGCGUACCUGGGGCUGGGCGCGCUGCUCGUGGCGCAGCUGGAGCGGCCGCACGAAGCCCGGCUGCGGGCCGAGUUGGGCUUGCUGAGGGAGCAGCUGCUGCAAGGCAGCCCGUGCGUGUCGCCCCUGGCGCUGGACGCCUUCGUGGAGCGGGUGCUGGCGGCCGGGCGGCUGGGGCGCGCCGUGUUCGCCAACGCCUCGGGGGCCACCAACACCUCGGACCCCGCCUGGGACUUCGCCUCGGCGCUCUUCUUCGCCAGCACGCUGGUCACCACUGUGGGCUACGGCUACACCACGCCGCUGACCGAUGCAGGCAAGGCCUUCUCCAUCGCCUUCGCGCUCCUGGGUGUGCCGAUCACCAUGCUGCUGCUGACCGCCUCGGCCCAGCGCCUGGGGCUGCUACUGACACAUGCGCCCCUGUCCUGGCUGAGUUUUCAUUGGGGCUGGGACCCCCGGCGGGCGGCCCGAUGGCACCUGGUGGCCCUGCUGGCGGUCAUAGUCACCAUCUGCUUCCUGGUGCCGGCUGUGGUCUUCGAGCACCUUGAGGAGGCCUGGAGCUUCCUGGAUGCUUUCUACUUCUGCUUCAUCUCUCUGUCAACCAUCGGCCUGGGGGACUAUGUGCCUGGGGAGGCCCCGGGCCAGCCCCACCGGGCCCUCUACAAGGUGCUGGUCACAGUGUACCUCUUCCUGGGCCUGGUUGCCAUGGUGCUGGUGCUGCAGACUUUCCGGCACGUGUCCGACCUCCACGGUUUCACAGAGCUCAUCCUGCUGCCCAAUCCGUGCCCUGCCAGCCUCCACCAGGAGGAGGAUGACCAGGUGGACAUUCUGGACCCCCAGCCUGACCUGCACCAGGAGCUCUCUGCCGGCUCCCAUGCCAACUACGCCUCCAUCCCCAGGUAGCUGGGCAGGCACUUCGAGGCUGCAGGAACCAGUGACGAGAGCUGACCAGACAUGAAUGUCCACACCUGUACGCCAGAGGCACUGUCACCAACUAUCCGCCUCAUCCCAUGUUUUACAGUGCCAGGCUGGGCAGCAGGGGUGGCCGUCUCUGGUCCUCUGAGCACCAGAUGAUCCUGUCCACUUCCCUUUCUCUUACUUUCCUUCACACUCUGGCCUCUUUGGUGCCCCAUUGCUCACACCAUUUCUGUCUUCCCCUCUUGCUGUCUCUGUCUUUUUCUCUCUCACACAUGCUGUUUCUCUCUCAUUCAGCCACUCAUCUACUGCUGACUCUACCAGGCUCUGAGCCUGGACCUUACUCUGGCCCUAGAUUGGGCACUCUGUCUUGGAAAAGUGGCUGUCCCUCUCUGAGCCUUGAAGAGAGGUUGGAAGGAAGAAGAGAUGGAAAGAAUCUGUUCAUUCAUCCAAAGAUCCCUCCUUAGUCCUGGCGCUGUGCUGGACAGUGUUGGGGACACAGUAGUGGUGGGGGUGGCCCUGGGCUCUCCUCUCAUGGGGCUUACAGACUUGUCCUCAGACAGUGACAGUCCCAAGAGGGCAGGAUGUCAAUGGAGCCAGCAGAGGGAUCAGGUACGACGUGAAAAAAAGCAUAGGCAGAGUGGGAGGUGGGGGAGGAUAGGGCAGGUGUCCAACGCAGCCAGGAGGGCUUCCCAAAGGAAGGGACAGUUCAACUAAGACCUAGCUGGGUGGUGUCACACUCCUGUAAUCUCAGCACUCUGGAAGGCUGAGGCAGGAGAAGUGCAAGGUCAAGCCCUGCCUGGGCAACUUAGUGAUUUAGUGAGACCCUGUGUCAAAAUUAAAAAUAAAGGGCUGGGGGUGUAGCUCUGUAUGAAGCCCUGGGUUCCUCUUCUAGUACUACAAACAAACAAACUUAAGUAAGAGCUGAAAUGUGAGGGGUAGGCAGGGGGAGAAGUCUCUGAUUUAUUUUUUCUGAGGUGUCUGCAGGGAGCAGCACCCAUGUGGAGAGCCCUGGGGUGGGCCUGGGUGGCAGCAUCCUCCUCGGCAGCCUGGCAGGCAGGAAGGGGACACAGGACCCCAUUGUAGAUCCCAGUGGCUCAGAAAGGCGGCUGGUCCUAGCAUGGCUCUGAUGCUACAGCUGAGGUCGUGUCCUGAGCACUAUCUGCCUGUCCUACUUGGGGCUCAGCCAUGUCUUGCCUGUGUCCCCAGGCAGCCACUCUGCCUCUCAGGCUUCCUUCCUUCCUUCCUUUUUCUCUCUCUCUCUUUCUUUCUUUCUUUCUUUCUUUCUUUCUU